AGUUAUGUGGUGAAAACAACUUUGGUGAAAAAAAUAUGGGUUUAUUUGGAAAAUUAGCACAUUUUUUGGGUUUGAAGAAACGUGAAGUUCAUGUUUUGGUUAUUGGAUUAAAUAAUAGCGGAAAAAGUACGGUGGUUAAUCAUUUUAAGAGUGAAGAAGAUCGUGUUACGGAAAUUGUUCCGACUGUUGGUUUCAAUGUGGAAAAAUUUCAGAGUAAGUCUCUAAAAAAGUUUAAUUUAAGUUUUACAGCAUUUGAUAUGAGUGGCCAUGGACGAUAUCGUGAUUUAUGGGAACAUUAUUACAAAGAUUGUCAAGGUGUAAUUUUCGUCAUCGAUUCCUCAGAUCGACUCCGUUUAGUGGUCGUUAAAGAUGAAUUAGAUCUAUUAUUACAACAUCCAGAUAUAGCAAGUAGACGAAUACCAAUAUUAUUUUUUGCAAAUAAAAUGGAUUGUAAGGAUGCAUUAAGUAGCGUUAAAAUUGCAAGUGCAUUAGCACUAGAACGUAUUGUGGAUAAACCAUGGCAUAUUAGUGCUAGUAAUGCCAUCAGUGGUGAAGGUUUGAACGAAGGUGUUGAAUGGUUAACGCAACAAAUCAGAGAGGGUGUACUGAUGAGGAAAGCUCAAUAGUAGCGCGCGAAUAUUUAUAUAUUUAUAUAUUUAUUAUAAAAAAAAAU